AUGGAGCGGGCAGGGACGCCGCGGCUCCGGCUUGCGCUCGGGCUGGCGCUGCCGCUGCUGCUGGCGCGGCCGCCGUCGGGCCGCGCGGGAGCCCCCGAGGCGCCGGAGCCCGCGGCGCCCGGCACAGCGGCCCCGGUUGGGGGAGACCGCUGCCGCGGCUACUACGACGUGAUGGGCCAGUGGGACCCGCCCUUCAACUGCAGCUCGGGCGCCUACAGCUUCUGCUGCGGCACGUGCGGCUACCGCUUCUGCUGCCACGACGGGCCGCGGCGCCUGGACCAGAGCCGCUGCUCCAACUACGACACGCCCGCCUGGGUGCAGACGGGCCGGCCGCCUGCCCGCGCCCGCGACACCGCCGCGCCCCGGGACCCGGCCCGCGAGCGCAGCCACACCGCCGUCUACGCAGUUUGCGGCGUCGCUGCGCUGCUCGUGCUGGUCGGCAUCGGAGUGCGCCUGGGCCUGGAACGGGCGCACAGCCCGCGCGCCCGGCGCACGGUGACUAGGACACUGACAGAACUACUGAAGCAGCCGGGUCCCCAGGAGCCACUGCCUCCACCCCUGGGCCCGCCUCUGGGGAGCUGUGUCCAGGUGCAGAUGGCGGACAGCCUUCCCCGGAGUUCUGCCCACGACAGCACAGACAAGAACCGCCUCAACAACGCACCCCUGGGGUCCACUACCCCGGGGCCCCCACGCGGCCCCCGGCUGCAGCUGGACUACGCCAAAUAUGCCAAGGUCGCAGAGACCACCUCGCAGGACUUCUCCCAGCGUUUUCCCGCACCGGAGCAGGCUCCGCGGACGCUUCCCGUGCGGGCUCCGCGGCCACCCGAGGACCUGCCCGCUCGGCUGGACGCCUGCCCCUGGGCACCACCGGGCUACGCGCCCCCUGUCGUCCCGGCUCCCUCGGGUCCCUACGUGGCCUGGACCGCGGGCCGUGCCCGGCCCUGUCCGCGCAGCCACCUGGCGGUGCAGGCGUCCUCCGCGGCCCGGCGGCCGGGCCAUGCUCCUCGGCGCCACUUCAGCGUGGAGAAGCUGCCCGAAGCCUUGGGCCCGGAGCCUCCUGGCCUUUACAGAGGUGUGAGCCGCGGCCCGAGGCACCUGAGCACCAACAGCAAAUCUGAGGUCACCGUGUGAAGGGCCUCUGGAUGUCCUCGGGAGGUGUCGCCCGAGCCGGCAUGCGCCUGGUCCGGGGCUGGCCGGCCCCGCCGUCUGCCCGUACUGGACCGGGGGCCUUGGAGUCUGCAAGGCCGGGAACGGACACGCCCGUGGCUGUGGCUGUGGAGCUGCCAGGCCCGGCACCUCGUGUAAAUAAACCCUGGGACAAAGUUCCCGCCCCUUAA